GCCAGGCAGUUAUCUGCGCCGUCCAGCAUCCUCCGGCCGCUGUGCUGGGGGUGAGAGGGAGGAAACCCGGCCGACAAGGGUGGGGAGAAGGUGGGUUUGUCCGGAGCUGCUCACUUUCCCUCGAGGGACCCAGGCUGCUGCCUGCAGCCCUUGGGAGCUCCAGGAGAGGCCUGACCAGCAGCUGGCCCUCAGCGGCUAGGAGGGCAGACUCCAGGCCUGAGUGGGGCCUCCAGUGCCUAGCCUGAAGUUGGAACCCACUUCCUGGUCCCAAGCGCUCGCCCUGAAGGACAGAGCCAGGGCAUUCACCAGGCAGCUGGACCAGUGCCGGGGUGAGCUCCCCCUCGGGGUCCAUGUGCCCGCCCCAGGCCCACACAGAGGUGGGCCCCACCAUGACUGAGAAGGCCAAGAUGGUGUGUGCCCCCAGCCCAGCACCUGCCCCACCACCCACGCCUGCCUUGCCUAGGCCCCCAAAGGUGAAUGAGGUGGGCCACAGAGAUGCUUCACCCCCCAGACUGCCCCCUGGCGUGCCAGUCAUCAGCCUGGGCCACACAAGGCCCCCAGGGGCAGCCAUGGCCACCACGGAACUAAGUGCCCUGCGUUCCCCACUGCUGCAACUCUCCACCCUGGGACCCGCCCCACCUGCCCUGGCCCUGCAUUACCACCCUCACCCCUUUCUUAACAGCCUCUACAUUGGGCCGGCAGGACCUUUUGGCAUCUUUCCCAGCAGCAGGCUGAAGAGGAGACCAAGCCACUGUGAGCUAGAGCUGGCUGAGGGGCACCAGCCCCAGAAAGUGGCCCGGCGUGUAUUCACCAACAGCCGAGAGCGCUGGCGGCAGCAGAACGUGAAUGGCGCAUUUGCUGAGCUCAGGAAGCUGCUGCCUACUCAUCCACCCGACCGGAAGCUGAGCAAAAACGAGGUGCUGCGCCUUGCCAUGAAAUACAUUGGCUUCCUGGUGCGGCUCCUGCGCGACCAGGCAGCCGCUCUCGCCGCGAGCCCCGCCCCAACGGGGCCCCGAAAACGGCCGGCCCACCGAGGCGCAGAUGACAGCUCCCGGUGUGGGCCCUGCCGCAGGGCGGAGCUGGUGGCGCGCCAACAGUCGGCACCCCAGGCCUGCCCUGACGGCAGUCCCGAUGGGGCGGCCCGGCCCAUCAAGACGGAACAAGCGGCAGUGAGCCCAGAGGUGCGGUGACUUUCUCGCCUUCAGCCUGUGCGGUGGGCACUGGGAGCGCAACCCGGGCUGUCCAGGAAGGGGCGGGUUACGCGCUGCGCCUGCCCAGGAGCGAACUCCCGCAAAGAGGGAUCGGUGAGGACAGCACCUAAGGGAGGAGUGUGGGGCCUGGAAGGACGACGGUCGCCCCCAGGUGCCCUGCAGUCACUCACCGUUCACUGGACGUGGCCUUGCCUGCCCGCGCUCCCCUUCAGAACGCGAGGUUGACCAACCAACAUGGUAGCGCGGUCAGAAGACCCUCGUGUGCUUCUUUUUUUCUCCCCCCAACCCCGGGCUGGGGUCACCGAGAGGUGGGGAGGAACCAAGGAGCCUUCGCCCUUCUCGCGGCGCCCCCUUCUGGAAGCGCAAGGUUAGACGUUCCUCGACGGCCUCCGACAGCCAGGCUGGCGGAGAACGGGCAAGACCCGCGCGGGGGCCUCUCCCCUCCCGCCCUGAUUCGGUCGCGUACGGGCGCAUUAGCGAAGGCUCAGGGGUCUUGCUUUUGUUUUUCUUUAUUUCUUUAUUUCACAUACACAUUAGCCAUUCAAUGGAGAAGCCGGAGAGUCAGGCAAAGAUGGUAUAACAGAAGCGCAGU